AUGACGGCCGUCUCUCUAGUGGGGCAUCCCUCCUCUCCGCCACGGCACACAGGGGGUGUGUGUCCCCUACACCCCCUGCUCGGGAGCUGGAGACCAGACCCGGGCGUGGGGUGGCGGGGGAACUGGGCCGGGCAGGAGGUCAACACCCCAGGGAGCUCCGGCGGCCGCUGGGCAAGCUCAGGGGCUUUCCAUUGUGCCCUGGAGGGGGCGGUCCUAACCCUCCCGCCGGCCCGGGGCCGGAGCGGCGGGCCGGGGCGGUGCAAGGCCCCCGUGGGGGCUGGCCCGGGGCCGGGCCCGGGACCGGGGCGGCGGCGGAGCCGGGGUUCAACCUCUCCAUCCCGCGGUAGCCAUGGCAAGAGGGCCUCCCGAGAGGUGCCCAUCGCCACACGCGGGCCCGACGAUGUGGAGCUGUGCCUGCCCCCCCCCCCGCUCUCCCCGCAGGCGUACGCGGCGGCGGCGCCCCCCGGGCCCGGGCGGCUGCUGAAGGCCGGAGCCGCAGUGCUGAUCGCUGGAGCGCUCCUGCUCCUGGCCGGAGCCAUCGGCGCCUUCUACUUCUGGAAAGCCACGGAGCAGCAGGUGUACAACGUUCACUACACUAUGAGCAUUAAUGGAAAAGUACAAGAUGGAUCAAUGGAAAUAGAUGCUGGAAAUAACUUAGAGACAUUCAAAACAGGAAGUGGGAAUGAAGAGGCUGUUGAAGUUCAUGAUUUUCAGAUCGGCAUAACUGGGAUCCGUUUUGCUGAAGGAGAAAAGUGUUACAUCAAAGCUCAGCCAAAAGCUCACGUCCCCGAAGUUGAUGCUAUGACUAAAGCGAGCCUCUCAUCUGAGCUGGAAGAUGAAAUCAUGCCUGUGAGAUUUGACAAAAAUUCCCUUAUCUGGGUGGCUGCAGAUGAGCCUAUCAAGCAUAACAGCUUCCUAAGCCCCAAAAUUUUAGAGCUUUGCGGGGAUCUUCCAAUUUUCUGGCUGCGACCAACAUAUCCCAAAGAUAACCAAAGGAGAGAAAUGAAGAGAAACAAGCGCCAAUCAGGAUCAAACUUUGAUGAGGAAGACUUGGAAGCUGCUGCUGAAGAAGUAAACCCCAGGUCACCUACAGUGCAACUGAGUCAAGAGCUUGAUCACCAGUUUAACGACACCAGGCCAAUGGGACGAGAAACAGAUCAAACAUUUAAUCCAGACAACCCAUAUAAUCAGCUGGAAGGUGAAGGGAUGGCUUUUGACCCCAUGCUGGAUCACCUGGGCGUGUGCUGCAUUGAAUGCCGGCGCAGUUACACACAGUGCCAGAGAAUCUGCGAGCCCCUCAUGGGCUACUACCCGUGGCCUUACAACUACCAAGGGUGUCGCACCGCCUGCCGAAUCAUCAUGCCUUGCAGCUGGUGGGUUGCUCGUAUCAUGGGUGUUGUGUGA